CAGUUCGCCGCGGCGAGUCAUUUUACGUGGUAGUGUGUGUGUGCUUGGCCUUGCGCAGUUUUAAACUAUGUCUCUUGGUUUACAAUGGUCACAGGACCAAAUACUUCUGUUCCUAGAAACACUACAGUCAGAGCCGGUUAUCUGGGACCCAAGCAACAGGGGACAUAAGGAUAGAAAGUCAUUGAAUGAUGCUUGGGCGCGCAUUUCAGACACUUUUGGAGUUUCGGUACCUUUGUUAAAGAGAAAGAAGGAGUCGCUCAAUGCGACUUACCGGGCCUACCGCAGGAAGGUGGAAUCAUCAAUGAAAUCUGGUGACAACGACGACUUUGUUUACCGUCCAACAUGGUUCGCUUACGAGUAUAUGGACAGCUUUUUGGGGCAGGUGUACAAUAAGCAAAUCAAAACGGAUCAACGUGAUGAAACCGAAAAAAGUAUAGAAGAAAUAGCAGAAGAAAGAGAAAACAGUCCACCUCCGAGAACCGAUCCAUUACGAAUUAGGAAAAUCAUCAAGCGUCCAAUUAUCCAUCUUAAACCAUCUGCAUCUGUAUCAUCUACACCUAACCCCGAUUUCCAAAUCGCUAGCAGACAAAUGACUGAAGCGUUUAACAAUCUGAAUAAAAUCAUAAAAAGUACACAAGGAAAAACUGACCCUGCGACGACUGAAGACGAGUACGACGUUUUCGGGAAAUUUAUUGCCAAAAAACUGAGAAAGUUGCCUGAGCAUGAGAGAGAGGAUUUGAUGUGUGAUAUCCACGCCUUAUUCCGAAGAUCACAUUACGAUCGGUCUAUGGACCAAGACCACGUUGUUGUGGUCCAGGAAUCGGAAGAAAUAUUGUAGGAUCAAUGGUGCUAUGGUGACCGACGAUAGGAGAAAGGUCGCGGGACGCUUGGGGAGGCCUUUUUGCCACUGAUUACUGACUAAUUAGAAUAAAUAUUCUUGUUGAUUAUUUUUAAUAAAUGUGUAAAUUUUAA